CACAAAGCGCGCCAUGCGACUCUUGCAGUGCGACGAAGACGGCGGCUACCGUCUCACAGAAGACUUGGCAGAGGAUGACCUACCACCGUAUGCGAUUCUCUCGCACCGCUGGCUAACAGAGACCGACGAGCCGACCUUCGAGGACCUCACGCGUCAUCGGGCUCAUGAUAAGCUUGGAUACCAGAAACUGCGCUUCUGUGCUGGACGGGCAAGAAGAGAUGGGCUGCGACAUUUUUGGGUGGACACCUGUUGCAUCGACAAGCUCAACAAGGCGGAAUUGUCUAGGUCCAUCAACUCCAUGUUUCGAUGGUACCAGAAUGCGGCUACUUGCUACGUUUAUCUACACGACAUUACCAGUCAAUCAUCGGACCGGGACAAGUUGAGGAAACUUCGAUCAAAUGCAUGGUUUACACGUGGUUGGACACUCCAAGAACUCCUGGCUCCCCACUCUGUUGUCUUCUAUUCGGGGAACGGUGAACGACUCGGCGACAAAGACUCGCUUGAGCAGCUUAUACACGAGGUCACAGCCAUUCCCAAGACAGCUCUUCGAGGAAUGCCGUUGCAUCGUUUCAGCAUUGACGAGCGGCUGGCGUGGAUGACUGCUCGGGGGACUACAUUCGAAGAAGACAAGGCUUAUUCGUUAGCAGGCAUGUUCGAUAUCUACCUUGCUCCAGUGUACGGUGAAGGAUUCGCACAGGCGCACAGAAGGCUUCUCGAACUGAUCCAUCACCGCGACAACUGUGCUAGAGAUCUGCGCCUCAGCAACCCUUCUGACGACAAGAGGCGAAUCGAGCACACGAAGGGUGGUUUACUAGUAGAUGCCUACAGGUGGAUCCUCGACCAUCCGCAGUAUAUACAAUGGCGUGACAGUGACCAGUGUCAAACCCUGUGGGUCAAGGGUGAUCCGGGCAAGGGCAAGACCAUGCUUCUCUGUGGCAUUGUGAAUGAGUUGGACAGUCAUCUGGCUGACCGCGAUCGGUUGUCUUACUUCUUCUGCCAAGCGAGCGAUGCGCGGAUCAACAACGCCUCGGCCGUGCUGAGAGGCCUGAUGCUCUUACUCGUCAAUCGGCAGGCGUCGCUCACAAUGCAUAUUCAGGAAGAAUAUGAUCGCUCUGGCAAGAGCCUCUUCGAAGACGGGAAUGCCUGGUUUGCUCUGUCUGACAUCUUCACGCGCAUGCUGCAGGAUUCGAGCUUCGGAACAGUGUACCUGAUCAUCGAUGCACUCGACGAAUGCGUGGAGGAUAUGGACAGACUAACAGGCUUCAUUCGACAAACGUCCCGUGUCUCCACCAAGGUCAAAUGGUUGGUAUCCAGUCGCAACUGGCCUUCCAUCAAGGAGCAGAUAGCAACCGUUGAUGACCACGACGAGUUGAGCCUCGAGCUCAAUGCCGAUGCUGUCUCUCAGGCUGUACGGGUCUAUGUCAAGCACAAAGUCCUGCAGCUCUCUGCUCAAAAGAAUUAUACCAAGGAUCUACAAUCCACUGUCCUGCGUCAUCUCUACACAAAUGCGAAGGACACCUUCCUGUGGGUUGCAUUGAGCUGUCAGUAUCUCUCGAAAGUCCCUGUUUGGAGCACCAUCUCCAAGCUCGGACGGCUUCCUCCCGGGCUGGACGAUUUAUAUGGACAGAUGUGGAAGCACGUCUGCGCGUCAGAUGAGGAUGACCUGUGCAGGAGUCUGCUCUCCACAGUCACCGUGCUCUACCGACCAGCAACCCUGGCGGAGUUGACGUGUAUCAUAGAGUCACUUUCAGAAGUGUCUCACGAUCCUGCAGCGGUUAUCAACAUGAUCGAGCAUUGUGGCUCGUUUCUGACUGUCAGAGCAGACCAGGUAUACUUCGUCCAUGAGUCUGCAAGGGAGUUCCUAUCGCUCGCGGUCUCCAGCGAGCUGUACCCUUUCGGGAAAGGACGGGUGCAUCACCAGAUCUUUUCAAGAUCAUUGCAGAAUCUUUCCUUGACUCUCAAGCGAGACAUAUACCGCUUGUCCACGCCCGACGUGUUUAUUGAAGAUAUCAAGCGACCAGAUCCAGAUCCACUUGCCAAGUCACGCUACUCAAUUGUGUACUGGAUCGCCCACCUUUGUGCGUGGUACUUCGAAUCUUCCAAAGAUCCUGGCGGUAGCUCACACCACUCUUUACAUUCUAUUCACGACUUUCUUCAACGUAAUUGCCUUUAUUGGCUAGAGGCUCUAAGCCUUUGUCGAGGAAUGUCAGACGGUGUUAUCCUCCUAGGAAAACUGAAGGACUUGGUAGGGGUAUGA